AUGCUUGGCAUUCGCGCUACAACAAAAGAAGAUCUAAAACUCUCUAGCGCUGAACUCGUCUACGCUGAUAAACUUCGCCUACCGGCCGACUUAACAGUUGAUGAAGCUGGGACGCCUGCUUCUGAUCCUGUCGGUUUUGCAAAGCUAAUCAAAUCUCGCGUGGACAGCUUUCAACCAACGCUUUCCCGUCCAGUCAUCUCUACAACAUCGAUUCCCGCUGAUUUGGAGCAUUGCAGUCACGUCCUCGUCACCAACAACGCAACCAAGGGCCCUCUUGAUCGCCCUAAACAAGGUCCCUUUCUAGUGCUUAAACGCAACAAACACACUUUUUCUAUCCAAACAGAAAGCGGACCGCGGGACGUAAACAUUCAGCAUCUGACGCCGACUAAGGUGGACAAACGAACUGUCACCUUCAACAUUCCGCGAAAGGUCGGUCGUCCUCGCAAACAUCCACUUCCUGAUCCUUCCGCGCCGGCAAGACCUCGUGGUCGCCCUCGCAAAUCGCCGGCAUCGGACUAA